AUGGCUCGACUCACCUUCAUUACGCCGUUCGUCCACGGGAUUGAUUGCCUCAGUAUCGGCGAGGCUCCCUCUCAAGGGCUUGUCUACGCCAUCGACAGCGAGAUUGUCAUCAAGCUGCCCUUUCAAUACAUUAUUCCAGAUGAGUUGAGUGAAGAUGCAACGUUCUAUUUGAAUCAUGGAGUUCGCAGCUUUGUUGCGAUGGAGAGGGAAUGGCAGUGUACGAUGCUGUGGCUAGUCGACGACACCCGAAUAUCGUCCGGAGGUUGA